AUGCAGCUCAGAAUCACAAUAUCAGCGGUUCUUGCCGCCGUCCUCCUCGGCAGCAUGGCCUCGGCCAGUCCCGUCCCCUGCCCGGACUCAAAGCGAGACCAGAUCCUGAUGGGCACCCUCGAGCCCGAGGCAUGCUGCUCCUACGGCAUCUGCAAAGGCGACGUCGUCGUCCAGGGCGGAUGA